AUGGGCCUCGGCCCAGCUAGCCGCCGAGCUGGCCGGCCCACCCGUUGCCUCCUUAUCCCUCCACUCCUCGCAAACCCUAACCCAUCCGCACGUUUUUCCCCACUCCCCCCCACGAUCUGGAUCGAGCGCUCAACGCGCUCGUCGCCCCCGACGCCCUGCGCUCGCCCGUCGCCCAAGGUCCCCGCCGGCGCCACCUCCUCACCCUCUUCCUCAACGGCCACCUCGUCGCCGCGCUCCCCGCCGGACUUCCUCCCCGACGUCGGCGCCGCUCUCCCCGUCGCCCCACCGCGUAUCGUCCCCGUCCUCCGCCUCGACAACCGCUGCCCCGUGCCCUACGCCCCGCCGGUGAGGCCCUCGGCCUCUGCCUCUCCUCCUCUCUCCCUCGUCUCCCCGACGCUAUGCGCGCCCGUGGACCUCUCCACGCCCCUGCUCCCCGUCGCGGCUCGCCUCGCCUUGCCGCUCCCGCCGCGCGGCCCCGCAACCCACCGCUGCGCCCGCCGCACCACUGACCACCUCGGCUCCCGCUGCCGUGCGCGCACGCGCCCGUACCGCUGCAGCAUGCCGCACACUCCGUCGUCGUCCUCGCCCGGCCGUGCCACCUCGCCUCCUCUCGCAUGCCCCCUGGUCACCCGCCGCACCCGCGCGCUGCCUCACCUCGCCUGGCCUUGGCACUGCCGCCUCAGGCAACGGCGUCGCCGUGCCCGUGGCCGGCGGCUCCCCCCUUCGAUCUGA